CUUGAGUCUACCUCGUCUACGCCAAACAUCCUCGGAAAAACCUUGUAAUUGCGUUAUAUAAAAUGAGCAAGAACAACACGGAGAGAAAGCGAAGGUAUCGAUCCGAUGGAUCCUCGAUCUGGGGCAAGCGGUCGAUUGAUGGGCCUGGUGUUUGGGUAAGUUGUGUCAAAGGAAAGGAGAAACAGACUGUUGGCGAGUUAUAUGACUUGUUCGAGCAGCUCGCUUCUGAGCUCUACCCAGAACUGGGCACAGGGAAUGCUGGCGCAGGGAAUGAAGAAGAGACUGCAACGAAUUCAGACCAAGAAGAGGAAGAGGACCUAGAGAAACAACUCGCGAAGGAGUUGGCUGCGAUGAAGAAACCGCGAAAGCAGCAGAUAUUCGCGAAUUGUCAGACUAAUACCACCUUGGUGUUCAUUUCCUGCAAGCCGCCCGUGGAUCCUGUUCGGCUCGUUCUGAGGCACAUCGAGAACGUGGAGAAGACAGGGGUCACGAACACACGAUUCACACAAAGACUAACGCCGAUCACCAACUCUUGUGUAGCCAACGUGCCAGAGAUUACAUCACUCUUCAAACGCGUUCUCAAGUCGUUUUUAGAAGAAGAUCCCGAGCGCAUCAAGUCCAGCUAUAAAAUCGAACUGCGAUCACGGAACCACAACACGCUGACACGCCAACAAUUCAUCGACACCAUCGCCGUAUGUGUCCCACCUGAGUUCACUGUCGAUUUGGAGAACCCCAAAAUCUUUAUCCUCGUUGAGGUGUUCAAGAGUGUCUGCGGGAUCAGCAUCGUCGAGGAUUAUUACAAGCAUACGAAGUUCAACGUGAUGGAGAUCGCAAACGCGAAGAAUGAGGUUGAGAAGUUCAAGGAAGGAGAAGGGCGUGUCUUGGACUGAUGCCGUCUCGUGCGGCAUGCUGGGUUUACUACCGGGCAUAAAUUGUGGCCACUGUGCACGCCGUUCGGAUUGAAAGUCACCCUGAGAAACACCAGUAAAUGUAAUUUUAUUCGC